UGCUUAGAAGCGGUUGUGAAAUGUAAUGUACUUAUGUUAUAUAAGCGUGUGUGUGGUGCUGAUGAAGAAAGAACACAACAACAAUAAUAGUGACUUACAAAAGUAACAGCAGCGACGGCAACAGAAGCUGCUCAUUGCUGAAUUUUGCAGAGCUCUUUGUCUCUUUUCUUUUCUCUCUCUUUCUCUCUCUCAUCUGUUCUCUGCAUCAUUUGUGGCCUCAUCAGCGACACAAACACCAAAAAGCUUCAGAGGGUAACUCUCUAACACUGUAAUCUUUGACACAAACAACUGAGAUAGUGAAAAGAAAAGAGAGAAUGGGCGAAGGAGGAGGUGGAAGAAGAGGGACUUCAAAGCUGAAAGAAGCAGCAAGGAAGGUGGCUGUGGCAGCAGCAUAUGCAUGUGGCUCAUUCUCAAGGAGAAAGGUUUUGGUGGAUCCAGUAUCCAUUGACACGUCUUGUAGUCUAUCUGCCACUGCCUCAGUUUCCUCAUUUGUGUCUCCGUCAAGAACAAAAAAUUCCCCAGGGGAGGUAAUGGAGGAAACAGAUUCUGGUAUCAGUACCAACAUCAACAAUGAGCUUCAUGGCAAGAAUUUGUGUGCAAUAUGUUUAGAUCCUCUUAGUUACCACAGCAAGGGAAGCAGUCCAGGACAAGCUAUAUUCACUGCUCAGUGCUCUCAUGCAUUCCAUUUUGCCUGCAUCUCUUCCAAUGUCCGCCAUGGAAGUGUGACUUGCCCCAUUUGCCGUGCCCAUUGGACUCAGCUCCCUCGCAACCUAAACAACAACCUAGGAGGACCUUUCACUUCCUCCAACCAAAGUGAUCCCAUUCUAAGAAUCCUCGAUGAUUCCAUUGCUACCUUCCGUGUUCAUCGCCGAUCUCUUCUACGCUCUGCACGCUAUGAUGAUGAUGAUCCUGUUGAACCUGAUGACACACCAGACAGUCCAAAGCUGAGUUUCUCUCUUGUGCCUAUUCCACCAAAUGCACCAACCAGUUACCAUCCAGCUUUGCAGGUGACAAAACAUGCAUCAUGCCCUUGCCAUUUAUCACUCCACCCUUUAACUUGCAGCUCCUCAUCACAUGUACAAUCCUCACCAAUGCCAAUGCAAACACCUUAUAUCAUGUGCCCUUCCUCAAAUAGAGCCUAUCUCUCUGUGAAACUCACCCAUGAACGAGCCACUGACUUGGUCUUGGUGGCUAGUCCUAAUGGACCACACCUAAGACUUCUCAAACAAGCAAUGGCUCUUGUGGUUUUCUCCCUCAGACAGAUAGAUAGGUUGGCCAUUGUUACAUAUUCCUCAGCUGCGGCUCGUGUCUUCCCCUUGAGACGCAUGACAUCCUAUGGAAAACGCACGGCCCUUCAAGUCAUUGACCGGUUGUUCUACAUGGGGCAAGCUGAUCCAGUUGAAGGGUUGAAGAAAGGGAUAAAGAUACUUGAAGACCGUGUGCACAAGAACCCCGAAUCAUGCAUCCUGCACUUGUCUGAUAAUCCUACUAGACCAUACCAUGCUGUGAGCAUGGAACUACCAUCUACUCCAAUUCAUAGAUUUCAUGUGGGAUUUGGCUUUGGCACUUCUAGUGGAUUUGUGAUACAAGAGUUUGAGGAGUUCUUGGCCAAGAUGCUUGGAGGCAUUGUGCGCGAAAUUCAGCUGAGAAUAUGUGGAGCUGGUGAGGAAGUUGGCAGUGGCAGAGUGAUAAGGAUUGGAGAGAUAAGAGGUGGAGAAGAAAGAAGGAUUCUGUUAGACCUUGGUGACUGCACUCAUGUAUAUGUGGAAUAUAGCUACAUUGAAGGUGAAAUUGAUGAGUGUGUUAGAAGAACAGGGGAAACUGUUGUAGGUGUUGGAGAACAUAAAGGUGAUGCUUCAGAAGAUGGUGAAGAAACUGUGAGGGAUAUGAACACAGGUGGUGGUGGUGGUGGUGGCAGGAGUAGCAGUGUUGAAAGUUGGGAUUUUCAUGACCCUUACAUGGCCAGAAGAUGGGCCAAGCAUUUGCAUGGUUAUAGACUCUGAAAUUACAACUAUUGUUUUUAUGUAGACCAAUGCAUUUCUUGAGGCUAUUUUGUUCUAGGCCAUCGCUGCUGUCUUCAAUUUCUAUAGCUAGAACUGUAAUCUUAUAGAACUGGAAAAGAUUAUACAAAAGAUUAUUUCUUCA